AUGAAAUUCUUAACCACAAACUUUGUACAAUGUGCAGUUAAAAGCUGCCAAUCAUCAUCAGACUCAUUCCCCCUAAAAUAUGAAGAAUGCCAAUUGGUUCAAGAAGAGCAAGAGUUUAAACCUGAAUUCAUAGUGCAUAUGUUGGAUAAACUUGAUUGGAAUGCAGUAAUAUCGGUGGCUAGAGAUUUGGGAAAUGACGCAUUACCACAGACCAAACCUGAAGGGUUAGAUCCUAUAAUGGAAGAUGAUCAAGUCGUAUUAAGGGAUCUACAUAGUUUAUUGGUUGAGACCCAGUUGAUUGAAGGGAAAAUGGUUUGCAAAAAUUGUCACCAUAUCUACUACAUUAAGAACUCAAUACCAAACUUUCUUUUACCGCCGCAUCUUGCCAACUAA